CAACACCACGUGCACUGACAGCAGAACAGACAUGUGUAGUUUACUAGUUUUUAUUUGUAAACAAGUCGUGUGAACCUUGACCGUAUUAGUUUUUCUAAAAGUAGCCUUUUAUUAAAAUAAUGAGUUGUAUUAGUGAUUUAUCCCAAUCCAAUGAAUACCUAAGUUUUAGAAGUAGCAUACCAUUAAGAAAAAUUGUUGUUGACUCGGAUGGUUCAAAGGCAUGGAGAAUUUUUGACUGCGGUCCGAAAUCAGUUAGCUGUCCUAUAAUAUGCUUGCCACCAGUUUCUGGUACAGCUGAUGUUUUUUUUAAACAAGUGAUGGGUCUAGCCACUAGGGGUGUACGGGUCAUAGCAGCUGAGCCUCCUCCUUAUUGGAAUAUGAAAGAAUGGUGUGAUGGUUUCAAGAGACUGCUAGAUUAUUUGGAACUAGACAGAGUCCAUAUACUGGGUGCAUCUUUAGGUGGAUUUAUAGCCCAAAAGUUUGCUGAGCUGACAAGGAAUUGUCCUAGAGUAGCUUCACUUGUACUUUGUAACACAUUCACAGACACAUCAGUAUUUGAGUAUCAUGACUCAUCAGCACUCUUUUGGCUUCUGCCUUCACUGGUAUUGAAAAGAAUGUUAAUGGGAAAUUUCACAACAGACAAAGUGGACAAAAGGAUGGCGGAAGCCAUUGACUUUAUGGUGGAAAGAUUAGAAUCCCUUACUCAAUCUGAGCUGGCUUCAAGAUUGACGUUAAACUGUACUCCAUGCUUUGUGCAGCCAGAAUACCUGACUAACAUUCCUAUUACAAUCAUGGAUGUUUGGGAUGAAAGUGCUCUGAGUGCGCAAGUCAGAGAGGACAUAUACAAGUCCUAUCCCCAUGCAAAGAGGGCUCAUUUGAAGAGCGGAGGAAACUUUCCAUAUUUGAGCAGAAGUGAUGAAGUGAACCUGCACUUAUUAAUUCAUUUACGACAAUUCGAUGGCACUGAUCUUUCAGCAUCAUAUUUAAGUUUACACAAAAUGCCUACCCCAUCCAACACUCAAACUGAUGAAGGCUCUGUUAGUUAUUUCAAUCAGCGAGAGAAGUUUGUCAAGAUAUCAUAAAUAUUAGGUUGUAUAUUAAUUUAUAUUAAGUACAUACUACAAGAAACAAUAAGCGGUGUGAAAUGUAAUUAGCUGUAGUGAGAGUAAAUAAAAUUUAAAGUUUGAAAGAUUUAUAGGGAUUGUAGGAAUAUCUAUGAAAACAUAUGUGGGACUUGACUAUUAUAAAUCUGGGAUAUUAACAUUUUUGUGUAAAAUAGGCAAAUAGAUUAAUACAGUAGUCUAUUAUUGUUUAUAUCUGGACUUGUAGGACUAGGAUUUAUCUGUUUGUAUUUCCCUAUAUUUCUUAUUUAUAAAGAUAUUUUGAUUUUAUGUGAUUAAAAUAUGUAUAUCAGCAGCAACGCCAUAGAUUGUUAUAAGUAAAUCUAUAAAUUAUUUUAUCUUGUAGUCAAUUACACUUUGGAGAGAUUUAAAAAUUGUAAUGUUGAUCAUAUUAUUAACUUAUUAGUAUAAUUAUGUAUAUUAAUGAAAUUUUUAAUGAGGCAAUUCAAAGACUGUUAAAAUUGUUAUCCUUCUUAUUCCUGUACAAUGUUAUAAAACUUUGAUUUAGGUAAUAAGAAAGAGCGAAAUAAAUAUAUUAUUAAA